AUGGCAUCUGGAGUUACAGUAGAAAACGAUAAUUGCGUGGAAUUAUUUCUUAGAUACAAAGAUGAUUUUGAUAAGACUAUUCAAGAUUUUAAUGAUAGAACUACUGAACUAAAUCCUGGAAGUAAAUGUGCUACAAUACUUAAGCAUGAUAAUGACUUUACAGAACCUUGCCAAGAAAUUGGCGCGUAUUUAAUGAAAAUACAGAAGGAUUAUUUUUCUGAAAGAAUAAGACGUUGUAAAUACUUGAAUUACUGGAUAAAUAAUAAAGAAAAAUAUAAUAAGUUAUCUAGUUGGUUUAAUGGAUAUAAUGAAUUUUCUUCCAAACUUGGUCAUAUAUGUGAGCAAUAUAUAAAACAAAUUGAUAAAACAACUUUAACAAAAUUUAAUGAACUUUAUGACUUAUAUGAAAAGUUUAACAAUUUUAUUAAAAAUGUUGCAACUCAAAGUGUUAAUUGUCAAAGUGCUCAAGGAUGUUAUGACUUAUAUAUUAGAUAUUAUAUUGAGUGUGAAGAAAGUAAUAGUAAUGAAUUUUGUGAGGAGUUGAACAAUUUUAGGGAAGCAUAUAAUAAACAAAUGAUAAAUGUAACUGCUUGUCCUAAUGUACCAAGAAUUUUAGAACCUAAAAAGAAUUAUGUAUUUUUUGCCAGUUUAACAACUCUUACAGUAUUAAUAGCAACUUUCACUUUAUUCCUAUUAUAUAAGUUUACUCCAAUAAAAUCAUGGUUAUAUAGUCGUUUACAAAGGAAAAAAAUAAUUCAACUUAUUGAAGUAGAAGAAAAAAAAAGAGAAUCCUUAGUAAACACAUGUGAAGAAGUAAGUAGAAAUUAUGAAGAAAGUUUUCAUAAUGUAUGUUAUCAACCUCAAGGAGUAGUUUAA